AUGGCCACUGCUCAUUUGUUACGGCAACAAGUGUUGGAUCAGCUGUAUCAAAUACUCAAGAACCCAAUACUGUAUGGAAAUAGCGUCUUGCAAAGCAUUAUAAACGCACCCAAAGACGGUCUUGUAUCUCUCAAACUGGUCUACAGUAUGACGUCCCAACUCAAGCCAUAUCCAUUGGAUUAUGUAGAAUAUUGUGUACCACGCGAUUUGGAUCAACGGUUCCGAUGGAGCAGUGAUUUGACCAGAGUAGGGCUCAAGGACAAUGCAAGGUUCUACGAAACGAAUGCGCUUGGGUUCAUAGAGGAAGAUCUCGAUAACGUAGAUACAAGUCAACCUCAUCAAGUGCAGCCUGUCAUCUACGAUAACGGCAAAUUUUACGUUGACGACGAACAUCAUCGAUUUACAGGGCUCUCUAAUGUGCGUUUCUACGAGUACGAUAAGCUGGAUAUACAGCCUUUAGGAAGCGAUACACCUCUUGACAUUCCUGGGUAUCUGUGCUACAACUGCGGCAAGCGUGGACACCAUUUCCGAAAAUGCCCUCGACCAAUAAACUAUACCAAGGUCAAUAGCCACUCUGGUCGUUUAUCUAUACAUGGGGAGAGAGAUGCAAUGAAAGCGGGUAGAUUAUCACAACAACUGAAAGACGCUUUAGGUAUGACAUUGGAACAAGAUGAACCGCCCUAUUAUAGUCGAAUGCGAUACUAUGGAUACCCUCCUGGAUACAUAUCUUACACUAGCCAUUCACUGACUACAGAGACACCUUUGCUCAAAGUAUAUGAUGGCGAUUGCGUAAUACACACACAAGAUGGAGGGCGGCAGGGUAGAUCGCAAUCAGCGCCUACGUAUUCUGUCCACUAUCCUGGGCUUUACACCGAAAAUGAGUAUCAUGCACUUGAAGCAGUAGACCAAUCGACAUCCUAUGUGUCUGGCCAGACGCAAGCUCUUCAGCAGCAAUGGGAUGAAUACUACUACAAUCAAUACCAGUACUAUCAACAAAUGUAUUAUACCUCAGAACCACUACCACCACUGCCACCGCCUAGCUUGGAACCUUCUAUACAAACCACCCCUAAUGCGGACUCUUUGAAUACACACAUGAGUUACAGCAGGCAGGCGGGUAAUGACAACGAAAGUGAUGAUAUGGACAUAUCCUCUGGAGACGAAAGUUGA